AUGAACCAGCAGCAUGGCAAUCACCUCACCUACGAUGGCUACCAGGUGCCAGCCACAGCAGCCUCCGCUUUGUGGCAGCCUCCCCUGCUCGAGCUUUGUGGACUUUGUGGCGCUGGCUGCCCUGUACCUGUGUGUUUAGCAUCCUGUGGGCAUCGCUUCUGCCUUGGCUGCCUGGAAGGCUUCUGGCAGCAGCUUCCUAAUUGUGAAAAGCCCUGCCCGACCUGUAGCUUGCCCAGGGAGAGCCAAGCCAGUCAGAGGCAGCGUCCCUUGCAAUGCAACGUGUGCCCAGCUCAUCAGCCAUGUAUUGCCCGGUGGAGCUGCUUGACCUGUGGGGAGUCGUAUUGUCCUGAGCACUUCCAGCCGCACAUGCUGGAAGAGGAAAGUGGCGGGGUGGCACUGGCUGGGCACCGUGUGUGUGAUGCGGCGGGAGAAGAGGCCAGGAGAAUGAGGAGUGUUACCCGCCGGUGCAUAGAGCACAGGGACAGGCCGGUGGAGAUGUACUGUAGUAAGUGCAGAGUGUGCAUCUGUACCCUGUGCCCCUUACUUGGCAUUCAUAAAGGCCACCCAGUGACCCUCAUACAACAGGAAGCCAUGCACAAGAAGAAUCUGAUGAACAGAUGCCUGGAGCAGCUUGAUCAAAAGAGAAUCCAUGUACUUGGCAACAUACAGAAUAUUGAGCAAGCUGGCACUGAACUCAAGGACCACACUUUGGCAAGCAAAGACUCUAUGACGGCAAACUUUACAGAACUGCGCCUGCUGCUUGACGAAGAAGAAACAUUAGCAAAGAAAUAUAUAGAUGACAAAACUAAAAUGGUCCUGUGGGCCUAUGAAAGUCAAAUGGAACAUUGUCAAAAUCAAAUAAAGGCCAUCGACAAAAUAUCAACCAAAGUUAGAGGUAUACAUCUACAGCCAGAUACCAUACAACUCAUCCAGGAUUAUGCCGCAUCAGAGAAUGAGAUUAGAGCUUCUAUGGCUCCAGCUGAACAGUGGCAUCCAGUCCCUUUUACUUUUGAUCAUCUGGAAAAUUAUUAUGGCUCCUUCAUGGAAACGCUGAAAUCUUCAUUCACCGAGCCCCUUGUAAGCCGUCUUCAAAAAGAAACAUUUAGUGGAAUUGGAGGAAGAGCAACAGAAAAACCUGGAAUGUUAAUUAAAACAAAAUCCUUCGUGCACAGAUCACUGUUGUUGAAACAUGCCAGAUGUCCAACAUUAGAUCCUAAUACAAUGCAUCCUAAGCUGAGACUCUCUGAAGACCUCCUUACCGUAAACGGUGCCUGGUUUGGGAAAUUUAACUCCAGCCACCCUCCAAGGUUUGAUAAACUCAUGCAGAUACUAAGCAGAGACUCUUACUUUUCUGGCACUCACUACUGGGAGGUAGAUGUCCUUCAAGCAGUACAAGGAUGGUGGAUAGGCAUCACUUACCCAUCGAUCCAGAGGAAAGGAGACUCUGAGUUGAGUCGCCUCGGGUGGACCAGUGGAUCAUGGUGCAUUAAAAGAUUUGAUUGUGAGUACUGGGCGUUCCACAAAGGAGAAAGGAAAGCAAUUCAUCUUAACACCCCCCCAGAGAAAAUUGGUGUUUUCCUAGACUAUGAAUCUGGAGUUCUCUCUUUCUUUGAUGUUAGAGCAGGAAUGAGGCACUUGCAUACUUUUCGCUGCCGAUUUACUGAACCUCUCUAUCCUGCUCUACGGUUAUGGGAUGGAUCAAUCACAAUCUGUAGGCUGACUUAACAUUCCAUACUCAUUGUGGCCCUCUGUGUCGAAUAAUAAUUUGAUAG